AUGGAGACGUUGGUCUUCGUCUUCCUCGCCUGCUUGGCCUCCGUCAUCGUCGCUGCCCCUCAACUUGGUCAACAGCAGGAUCGUCCACCUCACAUCGCCAUUAUCCGCGACGAUCGACAGGAUUUCGGAGACGGGAAUUUCAUCUACGAGUUUGUGUCUGAGAAUGGUAUCGUGGUGACGGUCCUGGGCACUCCGGGCAGCAGAGGGCAGAGCAACAUACAGGGAUCCUACAGGUUCCCGCUCCCAGACGGAACCUUCGCCACGGUCCUCUACGUCGCCGAUGAGAACGGUUACCGCCCCGAGUCUGACCUGAUCCCUACGACUCCACCCGUCCCUGACCACGCUCAGGAGCAGAUCAGGGUAGCCGAGGAACAGCGCCGUCAGGGUGUCGUCUGGGACCAAAGAGGAUUCAGAGUGAACAGAAAGUGA